GUGUAGGAUAAAAUGAGAUGUGUUGUGCAGUGCAACCCUAACCCUGUCACUUCACAGCCAUGUGUUGUAUAAAACUGGGACUUUUGUAAACUUUUGCCUAAUAUCUAGCAAUGAGUUUCAAUUAUUGUUGUUAUCUUUUUCUUUCACCUUAUUAAAAAUGGAAAACCAGUCAGCUGAAUUUAGUUUUGAGUUAACACUGGAUCCGUUUGUUAUUCCACCUGGAGGGAAGUAUCCGAUAUUUAUUUUUGGUAUUUUGAUUUAUUUGUUCAGCGUGUUCUGCAACUUGACCCUGGUGCUGUUAAUCAUUUUGAAGAAGAAUCUUCAUAAGCCAAUGUACUUCAUCCUGCUUAGUCUGCCACUCAAUGACUUCAUAGGAAUGACUGCAAUGCUGCCACGACUACUUUCAGAUAUUCUCACAGAGACACACAAAAUCUAUUAUCCGCUCUGUGUUCUACAAGCAUUUGUGCUGCACAUGUACGGUGGAGGCAUUCUGUUUAUCCUUGCAGCGAUGUCUUUUGAUCGUUACGUUGCCAUCUGCAUGCCGCUACGUUACAGCUCAAUCAUGACUCCAAGACUGGUGGUUUUUAUCAUCAGUCUAGUUUGGAGUUGUGACUUCAUCCUGAUUCUAUCGCUGUUUUCAUUGCAGACAAGACUCCCCAGGUGUAGAUCUGUUAUUACGAACGUCUAUUGUGACAACCCAUCUCUCUUGAAGCUCACGUGUGGAAACACGACAGUCAACAAUAUCAUCGGGUUGUUCAAUACAGCUGUCAUGCAAGCUGCAAGCGUGUCCAUCCAAGCACUGUCUUAUAUCAAAAUUCUGAUCAUGUGUGUGGGAAGAAGGAAGUGCAAUGCAAAAACAAAAGCUGUCAACACCUGUGUGGCACAGUUGGUCAUACUGGUUAUAUUUGAGGUUGUGGGGACUUUUACCAUUUUAUCUCAUAGGUUUAAAAAUGUUUCCAUGGACUUACAAAAGAUAAUGGGCAUGUUGAUAUUUCUAGUGCCUCCAGUUCUGAAUCCUAUCGUGUAUGGGCUGUACACAAACGAAAUACGGAACACGCUCCUAAGGGUGUUGAAGAACAGAAGCUCUUUCUGUAUGUUUCUUUGA